GUUUGACGUUAACAAAAAGAUGCUGCGCAAUAGUGAAUUAGCAUACCUAGUUAUUCGUAAAUUAGCCUUAUGAAGCAAAAUGUAGUAGUGAUAAUAAAAUUGAAAUAUGUAAAAGUCAUACUAGCUGAUAACAGCAUCAUAACAACAAAAAUUAUUAGGCAUACAAUAGUCAAUAAAUCUUCAGAGUUCGAACUUGGACUUCCUACUUCCUAGUCCCAGAACUGAAUUUAUUCUUUUUUUUCAAUCUUUGUCAAUGUUCAAAUACAUGCUGUUUUGUAUAUAAUGAUCGACAAUAAUUUUAUUUUAACCAAUAUUCCAUAAUGUACAGUUUUGAAGGAGAAUUUCGCAGGAAACCUGAGCAAAAUUACGCUGGAGCUAGUGUACACGAACCUGUCAGUAAUCUUAUACAGAGAGCUCGGUAUGAGCGGGAAAAAAGAGAAGAAGCAAGACGUGAGCAACGGCGUGUUAUUAGAGUGCAAUCUUGCGUCAGAAGCUUUCUGACAAGAAGGAAAAUUAAACGGCAUUAUCGUACUUUGUUUGAUAGUACUGUAUCAAAUCUGAAAAAUAAACAACUGUCCGAAGAAGUAUUAUCAGAUCUUGUAAAAAAUUUGGUGUUCUUUCAUGAUAGAGAAAUUGAUUCUCAACGACUUAUUUGGUUAUCUCAACAUAUUUUACGAAAUAGUACAAAACUAUUAAAAUCAAGUUUGGACAGAAAUGCAUCUUGGUAUUGGCAUUUGAAAUGGAUUCUUUCUUUUAAUAUUGAUUUAUUGAAUGCAUCAAAUUUGGAAUCAUUUGCAACACCUUUAAGAAUCAUAGAGGAGUUAACUUCAGUAGAAUCCUAUAAAAAAAUACUUGGUCCAGAUAAUGCAAUACUUGCUUUGCGAGACUUAUUUCAAUACUUGGUCAAAAACUGUUAUUUUGAUAGUUUACGCAAAAUUCUUGAUACUAAAAUUCCAGCAAUGUUUGAUGUUGAGGACACACCAGCUCCACCUUUAGCUAAAAGUAUACUAGAAUUUGUAAAAAGACCAUUUUCAGUACAAUCGCCAACAUUUUUAGAUGAAUACACGUGUACGAUUAUGAAUCACUUUAUAAGAACCUUUUUAAAAGGUCCUAUAUCUGAUAUCAAUCACAAAUUCAUUCUUCCAAGUUUAUCAUUAGACCAAAAUAAAGUUGAUUAUAUCGGACCAGAUUUUAGACAAUUAGUAUUGUCAUUAACUCAUUCUUCAACUCAACUUCAACAAAUGAAUACAAACCUAUUUUAUUCUUUGCUAAUUCUUGAGCCAUCUUUUGAAGAAUAUUCUUUUGUGAUAAAAUGCCAUCAAACUGGGCGUGAAGUAAAUGUAAUUAAUGACUAUUUGGAUAUUAUUUCAACUUUAUCAAGUCAUUUAGCAGAGCCACCAGUUAUUGACUAUCUUAAUAAAACAUGGAAGUAUAGAAAUGUGAACCAUGAUAGUUCUGACAAUGAAUCAGAUGAUGAAGACGAAAAUGAAAAUGAAAAAUUAUUCAGUGGUUAUUCAGAAGACGAACUUGAGAUUUUGAAAUUAUGUUCAGAACUAUUGAAUGAAUCAUUUAGAGUAAACAGAAUUGUACAAUCUGUUGAAGAGUCUUGUUCUUCCAAUUCUAUAAAUUUUUUGCUCGUACCUGUUUGCAAAUUAUGUCAUUAUUUGCUCAUGUCUCACAAACUUGCUGUACAUAAAUACAGACUACUAUACACAUUAGCAUUGAAAGCUGAAUUCUUACAACAUUUAUGGAAAAAUAUUUUAAGCACAGAACAACAAUCACUGUUUGGUCCUAGUCUAGUUACUACUAGUUUAGUAACAGUAAUAUCAAGAGGGACAAACUUAGCUCCUGGUGACUUUGACAGAAUUGUACCAUUAUUAGCAACAUUUUGUUCUUUGUUCAGUUUAUUAAUAUCAACAUUACAUGAUGCAGAAUUUAACAAGGCUGUUGGGAAUAAUCCUGAACAAAGUACAAACAAUCCGUUAAAGUUUACAGCAAUAGAUCUUGUAUCAAUUACAUCAAUUCUGAAAGACGUGGCUUUAGGCUUAAUAGAAUUAGCAUAUCCAGAUUCAAGACCUUCAAAAAUGCCGUACACCAAUUAUAUAAAUCAGAAUGCUCAAACUUCAAUUUGGUCUCAUUUAUUACGAGUGACUGUUAGUCUGCUUCGACAACUUCAUUCUAGAGAUCUUCGUUGUAGAUUUUGUCCAGAAGGACACUGGGUAUCAAAUCGUUUCACAAUGAAUUCUGCAUAUGACAAACCAUCAAAUAUGCAUUUUAUGCAAUAUACUCGGCGUUCUAGAUUAAACUAUAGACCUUUUAGAGGAGUUCCUGUAAUAUCAAUGGAUAAUUUAGAUGAAGGACCUCCUUUAACUACUCGUCAAGUCCGUAUUUUAACUGUUUUAAAAGAAAUACCAUUUGUUUUGCCAUUUGAAGAACGAGUUGUUGUCUUUCAAGGUCUAUUGUUAAACAACAAAGUAGAAUAUCAAAAUGCUGAUUCUCAUUUUCUGGUUGGAUCGAAUAUCCAUAUAACAGUUCGUCGUAAUUAUUUGUAUGAAGAUGCUUUUGAAAAAUUAUCAGUCGAAAAUGAACCAGAAAUACGACAAAUAUUAAGAGUACAUAUGAAAAGUGCUGCUGGAUUAGAUGAAGCUGGUGUAGAUGGUGGAGGACUAUUAAGAGAAUUUUUAUCUGAACUUCUUAAAACAGCAUUUGACCCUAAUCGUGGAUUUUUUAGGAUGACUAAUGACAAUAUGUUAUAUCCUAAUCCAUAUGCUCAUUUAAUCCAACAGAAUUUUGCUGCACAUUAUUUUUUCAUUGGUAGGAUGCUUGGAAAAGCUCUUUAUGAAAAUUUAUUGGUUGAGCUCCCUUUAGCAGAGUUCUUUUUAUCAAAAAUUAUUGGCCGUCAAACCGAAGUGGAUGUUCAUCAUUUAGCAUCCUUAGACCCUCUCAUGUAUAGGAAUUUAUUGUCAUUGAAAAAUUAUGAUGGAGAUGUUGUGGAUCUUGGUCUAGAUUUCACUAUAUUAAUUGAUGAAUUUGGUCAAACACGUGUAGAAGAGUUGAAGCCCAAUGGUGCCAAUAUUACUGUGACUAAUCAAAAUCGAAUUGAAUAUAUACAUUUGAUGGCUGAUUACAAGCUUAACACACAAAUUAGAAAACAGUGUUAUUUUUUUAAACAAGGUUUGGCAAAUGUAAUUUCUUUAGAUUGGUUGCGUAUGUUCAGUAAUCACGAAGUACAAGUGUUAAUCUCUGGGGCUGAAGUUCCAGUUGAUAUAGAAGAUUUGAAAAAGCACACAAAUUAUGUUGGAGGAUAUACACCGGAAGACCCAGCUAUAGAUUUAUUUUGGACAGUUGUUAAUGAUUUUACUGAUGAACAAAAGACAAAGCUUUUAAAAUUUGUGACUAGUUGUUCACGUCCACCACUUCUUGGUUUCAAGGAAUUAUAUCCGCCAUUUUGUAUUCAAAAAGUAAGUUCUUCUGAUCGUUUGCCAACUGCUAGUACUUGUAUGAACCUUCUUAAAAUGCCAGUGUUCAAAGACUAUGAAACAUUAAAAACAAAGUUAUUGUAUGCAAUACAAUCUGGUGCAGGAUUUGAACUUAGUUAAUAUAAUACCAAUGGUUGUUUUAUUUUUAAAUACUUGGUAUGUAUUUGAUAACAGAAAUGUUUGGAAUUAAUAAAAUAUUGUAUUAUUCUGUAUCUAUAUAUUCUAAAAAUAUUUUUAUUUAUUGAAUAAAUCAUUUUUGUGUCAAACA